AUGGGCUUGGAAAGGAAAAGGAGACCUUGCAUACUCCUAAAAGGUUUACCAGACGCCAUUGAGAAGGGACCUUUCAAAAUACAAGAUGAAAAGGAACACCUGAACAAGAUUCUUUUAGAACUUGAUGAAAAGAUAAAUGUGAAAAGUGCCGAAUUUGCUGAACAUAUCAAUGAAUAUUGCGACAAUGCUUCACUAGAUGAACCUGAGUUAGAUUUGAAUAAUGAUACAGACGUCUAA